AUGAGCACACAGGGUCCCAGCCCCCUGGCCUUCCUCACAGCUCCUGUCACUCCCGGCAGCAGCACAGAGGCAGCAGACCCCCUCCCCAUGCUCAUCGCCCUUGCCUGCAUCUUCCUCCUGCUGGCCAGCUGUUUGCUGUUCAUGACCCUCUGCAAACCGGCAGCGCUGGACCCAACGCAGCGCCGGGCUCGGGAGUGCAUGCCCCACCACCCUGGGAGCCCCAGCGAGCCCCAGCUCCGGCUCUGGAAGCGCCUGGGCUCUCUGCGCCGCUCCCUGCACAGCUUCCGCAGGGGCAGGCCUGCUCCCCGACGCCCCCUGCCGGGCUGUGAUGACAACCGGGACUGUGACUGCACGGAAUCCACCAAAAUGUGA